AUGAGCUAUCAAAUGCAGGAUUGGUCCGAGAAGCCGUCGGAACGAUCGCGAUGGACUCCCCUUACGCGCAUGCUUCUCUCUGGUGAGAUGACACAGGAGAAGCAACAGGAACUAUCGUCAAGAGAAAAGUUUGAUCGCUGGAUGAUCAACGAGGGCUACCGAAGAUUCUUCGUCUUUGUCUUUAUGCUUCUGCACGCCCUCAUCUUCUCCUUCGCCUGCGUGCACUACGCCCAAAAGGAAAGUCUCGAAUCUUCACGCCAGACGUUUGGUUUCACUUUCAUCAUUGCUCGUUCAGCCGCCCUGGUUCUCCAUGUCGAUGUCGCCAUUAUUCUCUUCCCCGUAUGCCGAACUCUCAUCUCUCUUCUGCGCCAGACGCCGCUCAAUGGAAUCCUCCAAUUCGACAAGAAUAUCACCUUCCACAUCGUCACCGCCUGGUCCAUCGUCUUCUGGUCCUGGGUCCACACCAUUGCUCACUGGAACAACUUCGCCCAGGUCGCCAUCAAGUACAACCUUGGUAUCUAUGGAUGGCUGCUUGCUAACUUUGUGUCUGGCCCCGGAUGGACGGGUUACGUGAUGCUCAUUGCACUGAUGGGCAUGGUUCUCACGUCGAUGGAGAAGCCCCGACGAGCAAACUUUGAACGUUUCUGGUACACCCACCACAUGUUCAUCGUUUUCUUCUUCUUCUGGUCGAUCCAUGGAGCUUUCUGCAUGAUUCAGCCCGACGUUGCCCCCUUCUGUACCAGCAUUGGAUCGUCAGCCAUUGGAGUCUUUUGGCAAUUCUGGAUGUACAGUGGUUUCUGCUACCUGGCCGAACGUAUUGCGCGUGAGGUGCGAGGUCGUCACAGGACAUUCAUCUCCAAGGUCAUCCAGCACCCCAGCAACGUCUGCGAGAUCCAGAUGAAGAAGGAGCACACCAAGACGCGAGCUGGUCAAUACAUCUUCCUCUGCUGCCCUGCCGUGUCGCUCUGGCAGUACCAUCCUUUUACUUUAACCAGUGCCCCUGAGGAGGACUACAUCUCCAUCCACAUGCGUUGCGUCGGUGACUUCACCAAGGAGCUUGCUAAGUCUCUGGGUUGUGAUUGGAGCAAGAAGAAGGAUGCUGGUGAUGCUAGUAAGGUUGUCGGUCUUACAGGCCGUGAGGCUGAAAUCGACCCUGCUAUCCGUCGUGUCCUGCCCAGAGUCUACGUUGAUGGUCCCUUUGGUUCUGCCUCUGAAGAUGUCUUCAAGUACGAAGUCUCCGUCCUCGUCGGUGCCGGUAUCGGUGUGACGCCCUUCGCCUCCAUCCUCAAGUCCAUCUGGUACCGAAUGAACUACCCUCAGAAGAAGACACGACUAUCCAAGGUUUACUUCUUCUGGAUUUGCCGUGACUUUGACUCGUUCGAGUGGUUCCGCUCGCUGCUUCUCGCCGUCGAAGCUCAAGAUCUGGACCACCGUAUUGAGAUUCACACCUACCUCACAGCCAGGAUCAAGGCCGACGAUGCGACAAACAUUAUGAUCAACGACGCCAACGCUGACAAGGAUACUAUCACUGGUCUGCGCAGCCCGACCAACUUUGGUCGACCCAACUGGGACAUGAUCUUUAGAGGUAUCAGGAAGAUUCACAGCCCUGCCGAGGCAGGUGUGUUCUUCUGUGGUCCCAAGGGUCUGGGAAGUUCACUGCACACGUAUUGUAACAAGUACACCGAGCCUGGAUUCUCUUUCGUCUGGGGCAAGGAGAACUUCUAA